AUGUCGUUUCAAGAUGCAGCCAGGGAUUUCGAAUCGAAGGUGGAAGGAAUGAUGAAAACGAUUACAAAAGCGGUUCUUCCAUUACAGAGAAAGUCCUACGAGUGUUGCGUUAAAUGUUUCGACAACAGCAGGGAAGAGCUCGACACGAUUGGAAAGUGUAUUCAAGAGUGUCAAGCUCCCGCUGAAGCUUUUGGGGAUCGAUUAAGGCAGGAAAUGCAAACGUUUCAGAAUCAGAUCAGUGGUUGCCAGCAAUCUUGCCACAAUAAAUUUUCUAUGGCAUUUAGUGACGCUAAGGAAGAAGUCAAGAGAAAUGAGAUUCAGUCACACAUGGAAUCAUGUGCAGUAACUUGCUUCUCAGAUGUUGUUCCUCAACUUGAUGAAAUGAAACAAAGAAUGCUACAACUUGUGACGAAGCAACUCCAACAACCUUAG